UCGCAACGAUGGACCAGUCAAAGGAUGGGGCCAAGGUAACCUUCGAGGAAGCUCUCAAUAGAACAGGCUUUGGACUAUACAGCUACCUAGUUGUAAGCCUCGCGGGAUUCAUUGUGAUAGCGCUGGUGUGCAUCGCGUUCGGCACCACGAUCAUCAUUCCCACCAGUGCCUGCGAGCUGGGCACCACCUCCUCGCAGCGAGGGAUGCUAGCUGGUGCACCAGUUGUAGGACUGAUACUUGGAGCAGUACUAUGGGGUUACCUGGCGGACAUGUUUGGAAGGCGAUACACUCUCAUGAUAUCCCUGCUCGCUGCAGCGACGGUCAACGCCCUCGCCAGCAUUUCAGUCAACUGGCUGAUGCUCAUGUUUCUGCAGUUCUUCGCCACUUUCCUAUGUGCGGGUCAGUUUCCUCAAGCUAUGACAAUCGUUAGCGAGAGUGUUCCAAUGGGCAAGAGAAAUUUAUCUAUCUUGCUAGUCGGCAGCAUAUUCUUACUAGCCCAAGGACUUAUGGCAGUGUUAGCGAUACCAAUAAUACCGCUCACCUUCUCUUACUAUUUGCCAAGUCUUGGCAUCUACUGGAACUCCUGGAGAACACUUUUGCUGGUGUACUCUUCGCCUAGCCUGCUCUCCGCAUUGUGGCUAUAUUUCAUGUGCGAGAGCCCCAAGUUCCUGUUUUCGAAAGGCCGAGAAACGGAGGCGAUGGAAGCGUUGACAAAAAUGCACAGACUUAAUAAUUUUGGGUCAAACACUGAACUUCAAAUAAAAGGUGGAAUCCUGUUAGAACCAGCUGAGGGUGGGGAAUCCAAUUCAGGCAAAACAACGUGCGCACCGUUGUUCAAGUCGCCCUUAUUGAAGUCUACCAUUAUCAUGACCAUUUUAUUCUUAUUCCAACAAAUACCAGCGUUUCUGAUCUGGCUACCAACCAUUGCCGCCCAGUUCGUGCAGAUACUGGAGACGGGCGAGGGCUCGAGUCUCACAUUAUGCGGUAUCAUCAGGAAAAGCAUGGACUCACCUCCUGACCCUGAUGAUUCCUGCGCCUUAAAUGUGACAUCACUUUUAAUCGUACUGGUGGUUGGAGCUAUACAGUCGCUGGCAAAUGUAUUCAUAAGCUUGAUUAUCAAUUUCACCGGCCGCCGUAACAUGGUUAUGUUUAUCACCGCCCUCUGUGGCGUUUGUGGCAUCCUCGUCAACCUGAUACCCAACGCCAUCGCCAGCGGCGUGGUGUUCUUUAUUUUCCUCAUCGGCAUCGUUACUUCGGGCCUGUACACUGCCAUCGCUGUCGCAUUGUUCCCCACUUCUCUUAGAACUCUAGCUGUAGCCUUGAUCAUGACAGGGCAUCGAAUUGGGUCCUUCGCGUCUGUGCAAAUCGUCAAUCUACUGUUCGAAACUAACUGCGAAGCUGGUUUUUACGUGUAUGCGUCUAUAUUUGCCUCCUCCGCCGUGAUAGCAGCAUUUUUAGUCGACGAUCGGAAACUUGUGCAAGAACGCGACGAUGACGCUACAAAGUUGUAG